CAUGGUGCACGUAAACAUCGUCGCAUGCAUUUAAAAUUAUUUUUUUAAGUGCAUUGAUCGGCAAUUAUAGCGUUGGCCAUCGAUCCACCCAGUUUACAACAACUAGCAACAGAGUCCUACGUGUCAAUCAUUCCGGGAAAUAACAUCCAUCAACCAGCAACAUGCAGCAGGAUGAGGUCACCUGGAGCAUCAUCAGCAAACAGUUCUGCUCGUUCCAAGUAAAGACACAGACGCAAAACUUUUGCCGAAAUGAGUACAACCUGACCGGGUUUUGUUCGCGGCGAUCAUGCCCGAUCGCUAACAGUCAGUACGCGACGGUGCGGGAGGAGAAAGGAAUCAUCUACCUGUUCAUGAAGACAGCCGAACGAAAUGCGUUCCCAUCCAAGCACUGGGAAAAGGUGAAGCUGUCCCGCAACUUUGACAAGGCGGUGUACCAGAUCAAGGAGAAUCUGUUGUUCUGGGACCGCUGGGUGCAGAACAAAUGCAAGCAGCGGUUCGUGAAGAUCACUCAGUACCUAAUACGGAUGCGUAAAUUGAAGCUGCGCCGACAGAAGAUGCUGGUACCGUUGGCGACCAAGGUCGAGCGGAGGGAACGGCGCCGGGAGGAGAAAGCCCUGGUCGCCGCCCGUAUCGACAAUGCAAUCCAGAAAGAGCUGAUGGAACGGUUGAAGAUGGGCAUGUACGAGGACAUCUAUAACUUCCCGCAAACCGCGUUCGAUCGGGCACUGGACGCGGAAGAGGUAGAGGUGGACGAAACGGAAGAGAUGGACGAGGAGGAGCGCGAGAUGGAGGACGAGGAGGAAUAUCGGUCGCAGGAGAAGGUGAGGCACGUGAGCGAUGAUUUACGGCGCGAACUGGAGAUGGCGGACGAGUUUGUCGAGGGCGAUACGGACGAGGAGGUGGAUUCGGAUGCGGAGAGCGAGUCGGGCGUGAAGGAACGCGUCGAGUUGGACAGUGACUUUGAGUCGGACGACGGAUCGGAUAUGGAGGACUAUGUGCCGAACGUGUCUCUGCGGCCACCGAAAUCUGACGACGACGAGGAAGUUGCACCUGCAGCCACGGCGAAACCUCUAGACGCAACGUCGGCGAAGAAGAAAACGCGCAAGAUCCGCAAACCCAAGCUCGAGUUUGAGUAUGAAGUGGAAGCUGAACCAACGGCGCGGCGUCGCGUACAUCAGUGAGGUUGGUUGUUGUUUGGUCGAGCGAUUUCGGAGUGCUUUUCACUCUUUUUUAUCUUAUACUUUUGCAUCGUAACAUCGUGCUUUUCUUCCUUGCGAAUGCUAACGUUUAUUUGCAUUACACACUUUUUUUCUGGUUAGAUUCCGUCGAUACUGUGUUGCAACUGUAUGUUUGCACCUUAAUAAAUAUAAGUGCUGUAAAAAAAAAGAAACGAAUUAAAGAAAUUGUUCCGUGU